CAAAUCAUUAAGAUGGCAGAAAUAUAUAGUGAUUCAACACCAUUUUACUUGCGAAAGCGUUAUCUGAUCGUGUUCCUGGUAUUUUGGGGAUACUUUAACAUUUUUGCUAAUAGCGUGAACAUGAGUGUUGGAAUUGUGGCAAUGACAGAUGAGACAAACAUUACAAAAGAAGACGGAUCAAUAGAAACGAUUUCAGGUUUUAAGUGGACUCAGGCAGAAAAAGGAAUUGCUCUAGGUUCGUACUUUUAUGGAUAUGUGACAACACAAGCUCUGGGUGGAAUUUUGGCAACAAAGUAUGGCGGAUUUUUGAUUUUCAAUAUUGGUAUCUUUGUAACUGGACUUUUGGCAAUGUUAACUCCAUUGGUGUGCAAAUAUGGCAUUGGAUUUUUAAUUGCUAUUAGAGUCGUUAUUGGGAUCUUCAGUGGAUUGUCAUUUACUUCAGCUUAUGAUGUUUUAUCGAGGUGGAUCCCCCCGACAGAGAGAUCACGUAGCGUAAGCUUCGUUAUGGCUGGAAUCAACAUUGGUAACUUCAUGGCAAACUUCGCUUCUGGAUACAUCACAGUACAUUUCGGAUGGUCAUGGAUUUUCUAUUUGUUUGGAAUUAUAGCACUCAUUUGGAGUGUCGUCUGGUUCCUUGUUGCUCGUCAACCGCCUCAACAUGACAAGUGGAUAACAGAAGCGGAAAGAGAGUACAUCACUGAAAGUUUAAAGGAAGAAAAUGGACAAGAAAAGCUUAAAACUCCAUGGAAAGCAAUUGCAAAGUCAGUUCCUUGCUAUGCUAUUUUUGCUGCUGAUGCUGCAUUUUCUUGGGGAUUCUUUACACUUGUCACACAAUUACCUCAAUAUAUGGACGAAGUUUUGGGUUUCAGUCUACAAAAUAGUGCAACAAUCAGCUCAUUCCCGUACUUACUUUAUCCAUUUAUUGCAAUGUCUGCUGGAUUUUUAGCUGAUUGGUUCCUCAAGAAGAAAAUCCUCAAUGUUACUCAAGUCCGAAAGUAUUUCAAUAGCUUUGCAUUCUUAUGUCAAAUGUUGUUCCUGUUUAUUGUCGCAUUUGUGUCGGACAAAACAACUAUCGUUGUGUGCAUCAUAUUAUCUGUUGGAGCUGGAGCUAUAGCUGCAUCUGGUUAUCUUGCAAAUCCACUUGAUAUUGCAUCGCAAUUUUCAAGCAUCAUUUAUGGAAUAUCCUCAACAUUUUCUGUUUUGACUGGAGUGAUUUCGCCAACACUUACUGGAUUUAUUACGACAACACCGGAUGCUGCCUCUUACCGAAUUGUGUUCCUGAUAGCAUGUGCUAUUUAUCUAAUUGGAACUAUUAUUUAUGCUACAUUUGCAUCAGGAGAAAUUCAGCCAUGGGCAGUUGCGGAACCAGUCAAAACUGUAGAAGUGGAAGUCAAGAAGUAAUAUUGAUGCUUGAAAACUCAUCCAAUAAUACUCAAAAUCUAUGGAACCAAUAAUUUAGGUUUAAUUUCUGUGAAUUAAUAAAUUGUCAGUCGAAUUUUAAUUAAAA